AUGCACACUCCGACGUCCUCAUCCGCGCGGCGUAGCUUAGGCCGCUGGGCAACGGCCGCCCUGCUUGCCACGCUGCUCGCGCUCCUGCUCAGCGCCAACAGCGUCGCCGCCCUUUCCAAGACCGAGGCGGGCAUCAUCGACUGGCACAUCCCACGCAUCGGCGUGCCGCUCGCAUCCAACGACUCGGCCACCCCGUACCUCGCCCCGCACUUCCACCGCAUCAUCAAGCCCGACGCAGACAUCAAGGACAAGGCUCAGACCGCCAUCUUUGUCGCCACCGAGUCCAACACCGUCGGCGCCCUCAACCCGCGCAAUGGUGCCAUCGUCUGGCGCCAGAUCCUUGAAAAGCACGACCAGGUGCUGCUCCACAAGCAGUUCGGCGAGGUCGCACUCACCGUCUCGGGCAACGGCGGCGCCAACGUGCGCAUCUACCACGCAUUCACCGGCUAUCUCAUCUGGGAGUCCAAGCUGCACAGCAUCGCCGACGGCCUGCUGCCUGUGCCCGGCUUCCCAGCCGCCGAUGCUGCCUUCCUCACCGAAGGCGCCACAGCCGAGAGGCCGCCCGAUGUCGUCGUCAUCUCCAACGCCCAGACCGUCCGCAGACUCGACGGUGCUUAUGGGCAGGAGGUGUGGAAAUGGCAGCCCGAAGACGACAUUUCGCGCCGCUCUCUCAUUCGCGUGAUUGCCAACAAGGACAAGAUCCACGUCGUCUCGCUCGUACGCAACGCCGGCUCUACAUACAGCUCCCUCUCCGUCUCCACGCUGUCCGCACACAACGGACAGCUCCUCGCAAGCCACGACAUCCCUUCGGGCCUCAGCUCCGCCGCUGAUGUCGUCGUCGUCGCCUGGAACACGCUACCCAACCUGCCUCCUACCGCCAACCCAGGCUCGUGGGUCGCUUGGCUCAACAAGGACGGCACCGUCCGCGCCGCCCCGCUCGACCCCCCGAGCAAGCGCUUCGCUCAGCCCCAGGUCGUCUACCCCAAACGCCCAGAGUCCACCUUCACCGGUCUCGUUGACCCAGGCCUUUCCAACAAGGGCCUCUUCGUCGCACGCCGCUCCGACGGCCUCGCCGAGGUGCUCAAGGUGUCUGCCGACGCCAAAUUCGCCAGCUUCUGGGAGUUCGAGGAGGACGCGCACGAUGCCGUCUACGCCGGCACUUAUGACCGACAGGGACGCGCCUACCUCCAGCGCAUCUUCUUCUCCCGCGCCCAACAUCUGCUCAACUUCCACUUCCUCUGGGCCGAUGCCAACAACGGCGGCGAGGGCCAGGUCAGCGGAUUCUCCUUCCAAUGGGACCACGACCUACACGGCAACGUACACGCCGCCACCUUCGAGGCGAGCCAGGUCGGCCAGUACCAGCUCGCCACGCGCACCGUGCUUGUCACCUCGAGCGGCUCCGUACGCAUGUUGCUCGAGGACCAGCACCAGUGGAUCGUCGAGGAGGGUCUCACCCAGACCACCCACGCCACCUUUGUCGACCUCCCGGAGAAGAAGCUCACCGACAUCCCCGGCGGCGCCGCCAGUCUCGACAACGAGGGCUUUGUCCGCCGCGUCGUCCGACACGUCAUCUCGCUCAAGGACCUGCCGCAGUACACCGUGGCAUUUGCCACGCGCUUCGCCACCGGAUCGUACGGCAGCCUCGAGCAGCUCGGUCUGAGCAAAUCGGCCUCGGCGAGCUCGGCGGCAGCGGCGACGACGACCAUGGUCAAGGAGGGCAACAAGCCCGCACGCAAGAGGGCCGACCAGGAGCAGAAGCCCACGUCGCUGGCACCGCGCGUCGCCUCGGCCAACACCACGUCCAGCCUCUUCCGCGAUCCGUUCGGCUUCCGCAAGCUCGUCGUCGUCGCCACCGCCAAGGGCAAGGUGUAUGCGCUCGAUACCCUCGCCAAGGACACGGUCGUGUGGGAAAAGUCGCUCGUCGGAUACGGCGACGGCGAAGGCGAGCACGAGCCGCACAUCAGCAUCAAGCUCAUGCAGACCGUGCGCGAGCUGUCGACCGACGGAAAGAGCCCGCUGCUCGCGAUCGUCGCAGAGGUCGAGCUCCAGCCCGGGCUGCACAGCACGCGCGUGUUCGAGCUCAACCCGCUCACAGGCGAGUUCCUCAACGAUGCGUCGUCGGGCCAGAACGUGUUUGUGGGCAAGUGCCGCGACGCGUUCCUGCUUCCUCAGGCGGUCGAGGACCCGGUCGAGAGGCAGCAGUCGCUCGGGCUGGUCGACCAAAACAACCACCUCUAUCUCUACCCGGACACGCUCGCCGUUGCAGAGCGCUUCGAGCCGCUGUCGGGCCGCUACUACUUUGCGGUGCAAGAGCCGGCUGCUGCGGCGGGUUCGUCGGUCAACUUUGUCGGGUAUGCGGUCGAGCAGGGCGUGAGCAGCGUGCACAAGUCCAAGCAGGUGUGGACGUGGAGUGUGCCUGCGGGCGAGGAGGUGGUGCAGGUGGUGCAGGCGCCGAGCAAGGAUGCGAUUGCGUCGUUCGGACGCGUGCUCGGCGACCGCUCAACGCUGUACAAGUACCUCAACCCGCACGCGCAGCUCGUCGUCACGGCGGCACGCGCGAGCAACCAGGCGCAUCUCUACCUCCUCGACACCGUCACGGGCAGCAUGCUGUACGAGCUGCAGCUGGAUGAGGUGGAUACGGCGCAGCCUGUGCGCGCGCAUAUGGUGGAGAACUGGGUGACGGCCACCUACGCCGUGCGCAAUGCGGACGAGGGUAUGGCGACGCGCAUCGUUACGGUCGAGCUGUACGAGCAGCCCGAUGCGCCUACGGCGGAGCAGAAGCGUUCGAUCGCGGCAUCGUGGAGCGGACUCACGGGCAACUUUAGCAGCUUUACCGGCGACACUAGUGCGCAGGGUAAGGGUGUGCUCCCGCUGGCGUAUGUGCAGUCGUUCCUAUACAGUGGCGGCAGCGUCCAGGCGCUUGCGACUACGACGACCAAGUUCGGAAUUGCGCUCAAGAAUCUGCUGGUCGCGACGAAUCAGGAGUCGAUUGUGUCGAUUCCGCGUCGGCUGUUGGAUCCGCGCCGACCGAUCGGAAAGCCGAGCAAGACCGAGGCCGAGGAGUACAACAUCCCGUACGCGCCCAUGAUCCCGGAAGAUCCAAAGUGGAUCAUUAACCACAUCUUUCCCGCUGCAGGCAUCCAGGCGAUUGCUACGGGGCCGGCACUGCUCGAAAGCACCGCCACCGUGUACGCGUAUGGGCUCGACUCGUUCGCCACGCGCGUCAGCCCCUCGGGCCAAUUCGACAUCCUCCAGAGCUCGUUCAACAAGCCCCAGCUGCUGCUCACCAUCGCCAUCCUCUCGGUCGGUAUCGCACUCACCCGCCCCAUGGUGCGCAACAAGAACCUCGCCCUCCGAUGGUAA